CCCGAGACAAAAAAUGUGCCUUGCUUCAGCUAAACGGGAUGACUUAACCGGUGUGCUACCGAAGAGAUUCAUUGAAAACUGCAGCAAACACGCAAGGGAAAAUAAUUGAGUGACAGAGGCAGGAUGUUGGAGUCCUAUGUCACGCCCCUGUUGAUGACCUACGUGAACAAAUACAUCAAGAACCUGAAGCCCUCUGACCUGCAGCUGUCGCUAUGGGGAGGAGACGUAGUACUGAGCAAGCUGGAGCUGAAGCUGGAUGUCCUGGAGCAGGAGCUGAAACUGCCCUUCACCUUCCUGAGCGGGCACAUCCAUGAAUUGUGUAUCCACGUGCCCUGGACCAAACUGGGCUCCGAGGCCGUGGUCAUCACCAUUAACACAAUGGAGUGUAUUCUCAAACUGAAGGACGGAGCACAG